CGUGAUUCCUCGCUUUGUAGUUCAGAUUAGCCAGCUAGCUGCUAAAGUGUUAACAAACGGGACCAAAGCUGCGUGGAGGCACAGCAGCUUCACGCAGCUUCCCUCUCCUCCUGACUUGUUUUCCUUCCUGCUGAGGCGAGAUGACCUCUUCCACCCUCGGUCAGUCGCUCCCGCUCAUCCCAGACCUGGAGCCCGGGAUGGGGAAGUCUGCAGCCAUGCUGGGCCUGUCUGCGGGACUGGAGGGAGUGGAGAUGGAGCUGCAGAAGAGGCUCGUGGAUGAGAGGAUUAAGAGCGAAAACCACAGGACCAACUACCAGACGCUGAAGGCUGAACACAUCAGCCUGCAGGAUGAGUUCACGCGGGCGCAGGGCGAGUUGAAGCGCCUGCUGAGCGACAGACAGGCUCAGCAGGAAAGAGUUCAGCUGCUGCUGGCCGAGCUGCGAGGAGAGCUGCUGGAUAAAACCCGGGAACUGGAGGAGCUCCGGCUGCAGGUGAUGACGCCUCAGCGAUUGGAGUUGCUCAGAGCUCAGGUGCAGCAGGAGAUGGAGGCGCCGGUCAGAGAGCGGUUCCACAAGCUGGAGGAGGAGACGGAAAAGUACCGGUCUGAGUACAAUAAGCUGCGGUAUGAGAACACCUUCCUCAAGUCCCAGGCGGAGCACCAGAAAGAGGAAAGUGCUCGAAUUCUGGAGGAGAGGAGCAUGCGCUACGAGGCAGAGAUCUGCCGUCUGGAGAAGGACCGGGAGGACCUGCUGGCUCAGUACCAGGGGUCGGACGCGCUGGUCGACGGCAAGCGAGUGGAGGCUCUGCUGAGGGAGAAGGCGCAGCUCCACCUGCGGCUGAACGGCCUGAAGGCGGAGGUGGACGAGCUGCGGGCGCAGAAGGAAAACUCGGGUCAGCAGGCUGAAAGCGUCCAGCGCAUCCAGAUCCGACAGCUGACCGAGUCUCAGGCGUUGGUGAAGAUGAUGGAGGCGGAGCGCCAGUCGUUGCGGCAGCAGCUGGAGCGGAUGGAGAGCGAGCUCCGCCUCAGCCACGAGCAGAACAGCCAGCUGACUGGGAAACUGCACAAAGCCGAGCGAGAGGUCAACUCGCUCACUGGCGAGAUUGAGAGCCUGAAGCAUGCACAUAAACUGGAGACCGCCCGCGUGAAGCUGGAGUGUGCUCGCUCUAAAGGGGAGCUGGAGAGGGAGAGGGACACACUGCAGGCCCACAUCGACGGCCUGCAGGCGGAUGUGGAGGUGCUGAAGACAACGGUGGAACGACACAAGGAAGUUGUUGUGGAAAAAGAGAGGGAGCUUGUCCGGAAGGUGCAGAGUGUCCGGGAAGACGAGCUCCGCAAAACUGCUGCUCUGCACGAAGAAAAGUUGGACUUGGAGAACCGCGUCGCAGCGCUGGAGCAGCAGAAAGCCCUGCAGGACGCUUCAGAUAACGCCCAGAAGGAGGAGUGGGAGGAGCGCCUGAGAAACGCCCAGCAGGGCGAAGAGUCGGCCCGCAGAGAGCUGCAGCAGCUGAGAAACAAACUACAGCAGCAGAGCUCCCAGCUCGACGAGAUUGAAAGACAGAAAGUAGAAAUUGCAGACCUGCAGCGGCAGAACCAGGAGCUCGGCGUCCAGUUGGGGACGCUGUCGCACUCCGAGAGCGACCUGCUGGAGACCAACCAGCGUCUGAGGGAAACGCUGGACCGAGCGAGGGACGGGCUGAGGACGGCGCAGGCUCAGGCUGAGAAGAGCCAGCAGGAGGCCGAGAGGCUGCUGGAGGAGCGCCGGGUCGACUGGCUGGAGGAGAAGCACAAGCUGCAGGAGCACAACGCCGAGCUGCAGCAGAAAUACUGUCAGAUCAAGGAGAAGCUGCAGAGGGCAGCAGCGGCGCAGAAGAAGAGAAAGGCGCUGACUGAGAACAAAGAGAAGCGACAGCAGGAUAAGAUCCAGCUGCUGGAGGCGAAGAUCGAGGAGCUGGAACUGGAGGCUGCGGCGGUCAGAAAACGCCCGUCGUUCUCAGAGGAACAGGCUCUGCUGAAGAGGAGGCUGAAGGAGCUGCAGCAGCGACACAACGAGUUCCAGCGCCUCCUCCUGGCGGGCACAGGCCCCGCCCCCCUGACCUCCUCACACAGCCCCUUCCUCUUGUUUGGGCCCGAGGUUCUGUCUUCUACCAGCACACAGGAGGAGAUGUCGGUGCUACGCCGCAGGCUGGAGAACCUGGAGAGCGCUCAGCAGCAGCAGCUGGAGGAGCUGGUGGGACCGCCGCUCCAGACGGAUCCGGACCUCGCCGCUCAUCCUGACCUCUGACCUCCGACCUCCGACCGCCACGUGAUGCGUGCCGU